AUGAAGGACCAGGCCAACGAGCGGUUCCGCGUCAAGGACGUGUCCGGCGCGCUGGGGCUCUACUCGAAGGCUCUGGACACGUUGGGCCCUCCCGCGACCGACGACGAAAAACAACUCGGCGCGACGCUCCUGAACAACCGCGCGGCCUGCCAUCUGAAGCAGGACCGCUUCGCCGACGCCCAGGGCGACUGCGACGCCUCCCUGGCGCUGAGGCCGUCGAGCAAGGCGUUCCUGCGCCGCGCGACGGCCCGCCUGAAGAAGGACCCGGCGAACCUCCGGGGCUACCGCGUCGACGUCGUCGCGGCGCUGGACGCCGCCGGGGCCGACGCGCCCGCCGUGCGGCGCGACGUCGUCGCCGCGGCCGCCGUCGCCGAGGGCUUCGCGGCGCUCGUCCACGACGACGCGCUCGCGGCGCUCGACGACGCGACCGAGGUCCUCGAGGACGCGCGCGCGCGGAGCCUCGCCGAGGCCCGGGAGCGCUUCUUCGCCCUGGCCGCGGGCAACCUCGCGCCGGAGUCCGCCGUCGACGACGGCGCCGCGGCGCGCCUCGCGGACGCCGCGAAGGCGCUCGACGAGGCCGCGUUCGACGUCGCCGUGCCCGGGGACGCGACGCUCUGCCGCGCGACGCGCCUGCUGCUCCGCUGCCGCUGCCUCGCGGCCCUCGGGGAGCUGCAUUUUCGCGCGAAGCGCUUCGGCGCCGCCGGGGCCGUCUUUCGCGCGCUGCACGCGGGCUGCGAGGCGUUGGCGGCCCCGGCCGUGAUCCUCGACCGGCGGCUCGCGCCGCCGGAGGCGUCCCCCGCGGACGCCGCGAAGCCCCUGGCGCGCAUGGCGCGCCUCGGCACGGGCGCGGCGCUCAUGGCGCGGUCGGCGGCCGACGACGUCAAGGCCGCCGUCGACGUCGCGGCCUGGCUCCGCAAGGCCGUCGAGGCCGCGGCGCCGGCCGCGCCGCCCGCCGUCCGUGUCGACCCCGUCGCCGCGCCGGACGUCGCCGUCGUGCUCUGCCACGGCUGGGGCACGGCCGCGGCGGAUCUCGACGACGCGCGCGCGUUACUCGCGACGGAGCUGCGCAAUCUCGGCCUCGCGGCGUUGGUCGUCGCGCCCGACGCGCCCCUCGACGCCGCGGCCUUCGUGCCGGGCCAGAAGGGGCGGACGUGGUUCGACCCGCUCCUCCGCGUGCGCCGCGACCGCGCGGCGGACCCCUUCGCCCACGGCACGCCCUGCGACGGCGUCGCGCACCUCGCGGCGGUGCUGCAGACCUUCGACGUGCCGCCGGCGCGCGUCUUCCUCGGCGGCUUCUCCAUGGGCGGCACGGGCCAGGGCAGGAAAAGAGAGCGAAAUUCCCAACUUCAAAGGCUCCGAUCUCGGCCAUUUUCCACUCGCGCGGCCGCGGCGCUCGCGGCGCUCGGCGCGGCGGCGCCGGGCGCGCCCUACGGCGGCGUCUUCCUGCUGGGCUCGGCCCUCGACGACGACGCGCUGGCCCUCGCCGUGGCCUUUGGCGCCCUCGAGGCGCCGCCCUUCCUCUUCGCGCACGGCGCGGACGACCGGCGCUGCCCUCCCGAGACCGUCGCCGCGUCCGCGGCCAGGGUCGAGGCGCGGCUCGGCGCCGCCGUGACGCGCACGGAGCACGCGGGCCUCGCGCACCACAUCUCCCCGGCCAUGCUCGCGGGGGUCGCGGCCUUCGUCAAGGCGUGCCUCGAGUAA